AUGGCGGGGAUUGACGAUCUGCUACCAUCCUCUGAUUCUGAGACCGAGGACGAAGAAAAUGAACAAGUGGAGGAAGCACUGUAUGAGCAGAAAGUGCCUCCCUUUUUGUCACAAGUUGUUAAAGAGGAGACACCUCUUUGCACUCAAGAAGAUGUGAAAUUGCCAGCCGAUGAAUCAAUAAUCAAAAUGGGUAGCUUCACACGAGAAUCGCUGUGGAAACCCAACAUAACCGAUAGCGUGAAGACCAGUCGAAAACUGACAUCAAUGGACGACGCAAUGGACAGGGAACGGUUCCUUUUGCGGAAAAUGGGGCAGGAUGAACUAGCAGAUCUGCUUUACAACAAAAGGGAUGUAAUAAGGAAACAUAUUCAAAAUGCUGAUGAGAUUAUUUUUAAUAAAGAUGAAGACAUAUCGAGUGUGCGCUCUUUUAUCGAGGAACGUUAUCGUCUCCAUUUCGGUCUGGACAGUAAUGGUCGUCCGAAAGCGCUUUCUCCAGAAGAAGAGGAGGAACGUGAUUUUCUCAUCGAUCACUCAACCUUUAUAGUCAAAGUUAUACUACGAAUGCACAACUUGGAACCAGAUGAUUACAAGGGUGAAAUCGAGAAUUUCCACAUGUUUGCCAAACUUGAGGUUUUCCGCGAAGAAAAAGCAAUUAGGGACAGUGAGCUGGAAGAGAUGGAUAAAGAGCGUCAGCAUAUAUUUUUUCGACGAAAAGCAAAGUCGGAGCAGUUGGCUCGAGCACGUGCUGGUGAGGAAAGCUCGGACGACGAUGCUGACGAUGUGGAGGAAGACGAUGACGAGCAGUCAGAUCGACAAGCAGCGAUCGAGAACGAGCUGUUGAAGCAGAUGAAGGGGUUGAAGUUGGACAUCAAUCCGGAACAAGUUGCUGUAUGUGUCUCCGAAAUGAUAGCAGCAAUGAAUAUUCGGUCAGCUCUUCCCGAUCGCGAACGAGCAUCGAGUCCACCUCGACAGCAAGAACUCAGCGAAGAUAAACCCACUAUAGACCUACCUUGGGUUAAUGAGGGAGAAGAUGGUGGUGACGAGAUUUUAGACGCUGGACCUCCCGAAGAAGUAAACCUCGUCGAAAUUGAUACCGAAGAGGCGAAGGGAAAACACGAAAUUUUGUUCGAUUGGUCUGGAGAGCUAUUCCCAGAUGAAGAGAAUGUGGCUUUGGGUGGAAAACGUCCGCUGGAUAUACUUGACACGCUUGAUUUCCAUCCGAAAAGAAGAGCUGUGGAAAAGGAUGGGCAAUUGGAACAAAAACCCAUGGAUACAGCUCCACCGCCUUCGCGAUUGCGAUCUUGCCUUACACAACAUCAUGAACUUCUUACUGAUGUAAAUGAGACAAAGCUGUCUGUUAAAGAACGAAUAAAGUGGCGCGAGGAGUUCGAGACGCAUUCGAAGAAGAAAAAAGUCGUGCGAUUCGUAGACUUUGAGGAUCCGCGGAACAAAUGCCGAUUCUACGUGCGACCACUUGACGAGGACAAGCUAGAUUAUCGUACACGAAGAGAAAAUCAGUUGAGAGAUGUCACAAAGCAAGCACAUUAUAAAGAUUACCCUCUAAGUCGUGGCCAUAACAUCAUUCGAAAACACCUGGGUAUGUCCGUCCCAACGUUCGCAUCUGAUUCUCAUAAUCCUGAAGAAUACAUGAAAAAAGUAGCGAAGGGAAAGGGCGGUGAAAGUCGUGUGGAAAGAUACUCAAUGAUGCAUCCUUCCAAAUUCUUACGCAUUGACGCUCGAGAAUCGAAAGCUCCAAAUGGAUUACGUCUACCGGCGUACCCAGGGAAAAAUGAUCCACAUAUUCCUAAUAUUUCGGUCGAGGCUCGUGCUCAUGAACUGUCAUGCUUUCGGUUGACUAUGCGACAAUUCCGACAAAAUCGAGCAGGAAUCACGGUAGCACGUCACCUCGACUAUGAGCCGAAAAUCGUUGCUGGAAUACUCAUACUAAGCGACGGCCUUUUGAAAAGCGUGGAAGGGAAGAAAUUGUCGAACGCUAUGCUACAUCUGUUUCAUCCAUCUCAAGGCGUUGAGGACAUACUCGAAGUGAUCGAUCGUUGCUCGUACGAGGAAUUGGAUAUUCGGCAUUGCGUACUCGCUUGGGGACACGACCUCGUCGCCUACUUUCAACAGAGCCCAAUUGUAGCGGCAGGACGGGCAGUGGCAGCUCUUGUCCAUCUUCGAGCAAUUUUUGAGAAAAAAAGGCACUUAUUCGAACAAGAAGGUUAUCGAAGAAGGAAUUUGCCGGUGUUUUGGUUGAUAACGAUCCCCGAGAUUGGAGAUUUCGCUAGACAUUUUGUUGUCUUCAAUAAAAUUAUACGCGCAUUGUUCUACAAUCACCCUCACUUUCGACUACUGGACUGGGCGCUGGAGGUAGGGUGUCGUAAGCCGAGUGAUAAACGCAAAAGUCCAUUCACGAAAACAGCUGUGGAAGAAAGAUUGGUCCAGCUUUUCGAUCUCUGCCGCCGGGAGCUGGAUCUUACAUACUUCAGAUAUUCACCACAGAGAAGAAUGGAUCGAAUGAUUUCGUGGCACAAAAAUGAUUACGACUGCGCGAUAGUAGCUGUAUUACGGACGUUGAACGACGACGAAGUUGCGUUGUAUCGCGUAAUGAGACGCAACGUUGGAGAAGAGAAGUUUGGCGGCUAA